ACCAUCUUUAGUUCUCUGUAAGUCACUUACACGAUGAGAGUUACACUAUUAGAUUUCAUGAGAUUCUUUGUACUCAUUCUUUCUUUUAGUGGUGCUUUAGUCGCUGCAGAUGAAACCGUGGAGACACAGAACUAUGGUUACCCACCUCCGUCACCAACUUAUGGAGCUCCACCAACCUAUCCAACACCUAGAUCUCCUAUAAUACCACCACCAGUGCAAAAGCCUCCAACACCAACUUACAGCCCUCCAAUCAAGCCACCACAUAUCAAGAAACCUCCAACACCAAUAUACAGUCCUCCAGUAAAACCACCACCCGUGCAAAAGCCUCCAACACCAACUUACAGUCCUCCUGUUCGGCCACCCCCAAUCCAGAAGCCUCCGACACCAACUUACAGUCCUCCAGUAAAACCACCACCAGUACAAAAGCCUCCAACACCAACUUACAGUCCCCCUAUCAAACCACCACCGGUGAGAAAGCCUCCAACACCAAUUUACAGUCCUCCUGUUAGGCCACCCCCAAUCCAGAAGCCUCCGACACCAACUUACAGUCCUCCGGUAAAACCACCACCAGUGCAAAAGCCUCCAACACCGAUUUAUAGUCCUCCUGUUAAGCCGCCACCAGUGCAAAAACCUCCAACACCAACUUAUAGUCCUCCUAUAAAACCACCACCGAUACAGAUUCCACCAACACCUACUUACAGUCCUCCAGUAAAACCACCACCGGUGCAGAAGCCUCCAACACCAACCUAUAGUCCACCUAUUAAACCACCCCCAGUGAAGCCUCCAACACCAACUUACAGUCCACCUGUUAAGCCACCACCUGUGCAAAAACCUCCGACACCAACUUAUAGUCCUCCUAUAAAACCGCCACCGAUACAAAAACCUCCAACACCAAUUUACAGUCCCCCUAUAAUGCCACCACCUGUGCAGAAGCCUCCAACGCCAACUUAUAGUCCACCUGUAAUACCACCACCGGUACAGAUGCCUCCAACGCCAACCUAUAGUCCUCCACAAGGUGGAUACGGUACUCCUCCUCCAUAUGCAUAUCUUUUGGAACCGUUAGUCGUAAACAAUUAGGGCUACAAGUUACAAAAUAUAUAUACUCCCUCAUGGAUCGCCAAGUAGGCUAUCUAGCAAAAGAAGGGUCUAUGUUGUAUAUGGUACUGCAUAUUAUGUGGUAUAAUAAAUAAAGCUGUAUGAAUCAUAAUAAAAUAUUCAUUAUGAUUUUAUGUUACA